AUGGAUUUAUUAAUUGAACACAUUCUCUCCAGCGCUCUUGUCGUCGCCAUCGCCAUCCUCUGUGCAUUCGUCGCCGAGACUGAAGCCCAAUAUUACUACUCGCCAUACUACAGCUAUGGUGGCUACUAUGGUUACCCAGCAUACAGCUAUGGAUACGGAUACCCAUAUUACGGUUACGGUUACUACGGUUACUACGGUAAACGCGAAGCUGGAUUCGGACCUUCUGCACAGCAGAUGCCACAACAACAGCAGAUGCCACAACAAAUGCAACAACAACAACAACAACCUCAACACUAA